CGGGACCCGGCCUCUGAAGAGGGCGCAGCAGAGCCCCAGCUGAGCGCUAGAACCCGCACUACAGCCGCGGGAGGUUGGACCUAUUGUUUCCCCGCCCUGGGCGGGGCCACCUGGACGUGAGACCCGCCCUCAACGCCGAAGCCUCUCGGGAGCAAUCUUUUGGGGCGGAAGUUAAGUAGCCCCGAGCGAGAGUCUGUGGCGGAAGUGGUCGCGUUACCGCUUGUUUGUGCGCAUGCGCCACUGUUGUCUGGCUGCCGCGCAUGCAACAGCUGCUUUUGCUCUUCUCCCCUCUUCUGCACGAGAGGGUUUGCGCGUACUCCCAGCUGUGGUCGCCCGCUCACCCCUUCUGCUGCUCUCGUGGCCCCCUCGCGAUGGCAGGCAUCCUGUUUGAAGAUAUUUUCGAUGUGAAGGAUAUUGACCCGGAGGGCAAGAAGUUUGACCGAGUGUCUCGACUGCAUUGUGAGAGUGAAUCUUUCAAGAUGGAUCUAAUCUUAGAUGUAAACAUUCAAAUUUACCCUGUAGACUUGGGUGACAAGUUCCGGUUGGUCAUAGCUAGUACCUUGUAUGAAGAUGGUACCCUGGAUGAUGGUGAAUACAACCCCACUGAUGAUAGGCCUUCCAGGGCUGACCAAUUUGAGUAUGUAAUGUAUGGAAAAGUGUACAGGAUUGAGGGAGAUGAAACUUCUACUGAAGCAGCAACACGCCUCUCUGCCUAUGUGUCCUAUGGGGGCCUGCUCAUGAGGCUGCAGGGGGAUGCCAACAACCUGCAUGGAUUCGAGGUGGAUUCCAGAGUUUAUCUCCUGAUGAAGAAGCUAGCCUUCUGAACCUCGCCGGAAGCCAGCCUUGCUGCCUAGUCACUCAGGUCAUCGGCAUUGUUCAAGCCUGAGUGGCAGCCAGUCUUGCUCACCUGUUGAGGAGGGGCUGGCUCACUGUCCACUGUGGUGGCAUCUUUAACUGGCCUGCACUCAAAGGGAAACUGACUCGCCUGUGAAAGACAGUGGGAAAGCUGCAUAUGAAUCAGAAGCUUUGUGUAUAUGAUUUUUAAAUUAAACUUUACUUUUUCAGACUGCCCCUCCCCUUUUUGUAAAAAGUUCAUUUACUGUAAAAUCAUUUU